CCCCUCCCCGCCCCGCCACGUCCCGCUCGGGCGCCGGCCCCUUCCCUUCCCUCCCUCUUUCCCCUCCGUCCCCGCGGCGGGGCCAUGGCGUUCACGCUGUACUCGCUGCUGCAGGCCGGGCUGCUCGUCGUCAACGCCAUCGCCGUGCUGCACGAGGAGCGCUUCCUCCGCAACGUUGGCUGGGCAAGUGAUCAAGGGAUUGGAGGAUUUGGAGAGGAACCGGGAAUUAAAGCACAGCUAAUGAACCUCAUUCGAUCUGUACGAACCGUUAUGAGAGUGCCAUUAAUAGCAGUGAACUCCGUUACCAUCGUGCUCCUCCUAUUGUUUGGUUGAAGAUACCUGUCACAAAAUUUUUUGGACAUCCAAAGAAGCAAGUUGCUAGCCAACACUGCUCUGAGUUUUCUGGGAUCCAGCACGGUUUAGCUGUCAGUUUGACAUUCAACUUAAAAUAAUAAAGACAGUGUUUCUAUUUAUCCUAUUUCCUAAUGUUCACUUUCAGUUUCAUUAAACAAGAUAAUGGGAUCAAUGCAACAAUGCUGCAAAUAUACUGGACUGUGACAA